CGCAGCAGAUGUGAGAUGCUCUGCCUCCGCCAUGGCCAAAGGUCCGUUUCCAUGGGGGGUCCUCAGAAAGCCUCUGCACGUCCAGGCCAGAUUCUCCUACCUGCACAUGAAGUACCUGUUUUUCUCCUGGCUGGCGGUGUUCGUGGGAAGCUGGAUAGUGUAUGUGGAGUACUCCUCCUACACAGAGCUGUGUCGAGGGCAGGACUGCAAAAAUUCCAUCUGUGACAAAUACAGGAAAGGAGUCAUCGAUGGCACAGCCUGCAUUAGCCUGUGUGAGAAGGAAACGCUUUAUCUGGGAAAGUGCUUCACUGCCAAACCGAACAGCCAGGUUUACUCAGGAAACUGGGGAGAUCUACAGGGAGUCAUUAAGUGCCAGAUGGAGGAGGCCCCCCACUAUGAUCUUGGAGGCGAGGUGGAACCAAGAAAGGAGGCUGCUCCAGCUGCUUUCAACAAGCCCACCAAGGGAACCUCGGUGGAGAAGUUCAGAGAGAUGAUCAUCAGCCACCUGAAGGCUAAAGUGGGGGAUCAAGCGAAUCUUGCGGACCUGGCAACCCAGGUGUUGUCCUUUACGGAUUCCAAUAAAGACGGCCACAUCUCACUGCCAGAGGCUCGCUCCACGUGGGCCUUGCUGCAGCUCAACGAGUUCCUGUUGGCGCUGGUCUUGCAGGACCGAGAUCACACGCCUAAGCUGCUCGGCUUCUGUGGAGACCUGUACAUGAUGGAGAAGGUGCCGUACUCUCCCCUGUACGGCAUCAGCCUGCCGUGGAUCAUCGAGCUGUGGAUUCCUGCCGGUCUGCGGCGCAGCAUGGAGCAGUGGUUCACCCCCUCCUGGCCACACAAGGCCAAGAUCUCCAUCGGCCUGCUGGAGCUGGUCGAAGACAUUUUCCACGGCACUUACGGCAGCUUCCUCAUGUGUGACGUGAGGACUACCACCUUCGGCUACAACGAGCGGCAUGACUUUAAGGUCAUGGACGCCCGCUACAUCGUUCCUGAAGCCACCUUUCAGGAACGGAUUAGACAGCAGCGCUGCGACGUAGACGAGGAUUGUCUGUAUGGGACCGACUGCCUCACCAGCUGCGACCUCACCAAGCAUCGCUGCACGCCUGAGGUCACCCGGCCCAACUUGGCAAAAGCCUGCGACACCCUCAAGAAUUACAUUCUGAGAGGAGCACCGUCCGACCUGAGCGAUGAGCUGGAGAAGCAGCUCUAUGCUUGCAUUGCCCUGAAAGGCUCAGCGGAGCAGAUGGAGAUUGAGCACUCCCUCAUUCUGAACAAUCUUAAGACUUUGCUAUGGAAGAAGAUCUCCCAUACGAAGGAUUCCUAAAUAGGACAUCCGACCUUCCUGCUUCCUUAAAACGGACAAUCAGUUUCACAGUGGAAACAUUUCGUUUAUAUUUAAAAUAACCUGUAUACUUGAUUUUAAUUCUAAAGCUGUCUGUUGAGUCAUUUUAAUAUCAGACCAUAUACUUAUUCUACGAACUAAACAUGGGACGGUAACCGGUAUCAAGGUACAUCUCAUUAUACUAGAAUAUCAUAGAAGAGUUAAUCUGUUUCAGUGGUUUAGUUAAAAAAGUUUAACUCGUAUAUAUACAUUCAUUGCACACAGAGUGAAUUACACUUACUUGUCUCUUCUUUGGGUAUACCUACCCAAAAAUACUGAAUUGGAUCAAGAUCUGUUGACUGUGGAGAAACUGGAGUACAGGGAACAGCUUGUCAUGUUCCAGAAACCGGUUUGAGAUGUUUGGUGUAAGUCACCAUCAGAAGAUAAUUACAAUCAUCUUUAUUUAUCAUUGCGACACACAUUCCAAUGAAACGUGUCCUCUGUAUUUAACCCAUCCAUUAGGGAGUGGUGGGCUGCCACUGUCAGCACCCAGGGAGCAUUCUGGGGCUAAGGGUCUUGCUCAGGGACCCAGAGAGGCAGUCUGUGGGGUUCAAACCAAGAAGCUCCAGGAUGCAAGUACAAUGCUCUAACAAUUAGGCCACCACUCCCCAGAUGGGUCUACUGUAGAUGUUCAGGGACGGUCAGGUAGACUGUGGUGCUCACCUGGUACUAGGAGCAAAGAGAAAUGAUCUCCCAGAUCUCCACAGACCAGGGAAUGUUUUUCUACUCGGUUACUGUCUGACCUCGGUGGGUCUGUGGGAUGUUGCUUCAGUUUUCUGUCCUGACAGGCGGGGACCCCGGUGUGGUCUUCUGUUGGCUUCAGUAUGUUUCAUGUUCAGAAAUAGUAUUUCACAUUCUUUGGUUAUAACAAAUUAUUUGAGCUACUAAUGUCUGCUCAUUCCUACUGAAACACCCAUAAGGUAUUUUCAUGCACUGUUACCUGUAGAAGUUGACUUUUUGGACCAUUGUAUAACAGGCCGAUGACUGUAUGUGUAAAUCUACUCUUUAUUAAAAAUUAUGCUCAAAGUAACCUAAAACGCCCUCUCUUCCCCUUGCAUUGACUCGGAUGGAGCAUCAGCACGUUGUCUUCACUAGACUAGAUGUCUAAAUGUCUGGAGUUUCCUUCAUAUCAUUACAGGAGUCACCAUUUGUGUUAAAAGCAGGUGUACCCAAUAAAGUGGCCACUGACCAUUUUCAUUGCUGUUCAUUUAAUGUUUUAAUUUUGAUGA